CAUAAUGGCUACUGUAGCCGCAACUUCCUAUGUGAUGUACGUGAUUCUUCGGCGAGAUCUUCAGACAAAGCUCGGCUGGCCACUCGGAGCAGUUUGUACGCAGGCCGCCCAUGCCGCAUCGGCUUCUAUGUGGAUUUUUAGAAACGAUCCGAACACUGAAGCCUACACCAGCAAUCUGGACAGCAUGCACAAAGUCACACUUGGGGUGGAUUCAGAGGAAGAAAUCAAAAAAGUGGCUGACAAGCUCACCGCCCGAAAUGUAGAUCACAAAGUAUGGAUUGAGGAUGGAUUUCCGGUUUGCAUUGCACUCAAACCGUACCCGAAGGAAGAAGUCAAAAAUGCUCUGAAAGGACUUAAACUUUUCUGAUUUUUUUUUUUGUUUAUUUUUCGGAUUUCUUUGUUGAUUGGGUUUUAGUAAAUUAUUCAAUUUG